GUAAACUUUCUCUUUUCAAGAACAAGUUCUUUAUAGCUGCUAACUGAAGUCAGGGGAGAUCGUAUCUGAGUACAUGAGCAUUUCCACUAUGGGACUGGAUACAAGUAUUGAACAACGAGAUUUGAAAUGUUUUAAUCUCAAACGAAAACCAUUUUUGCUGACUUUGGUUUUUAAUUUCUUUCAUGUUUUCUUCUGCCAAACUGGAGGAACCUUUUCUGAUUUUUUCUUUAGUGGCAUUCAGAGGAAGACCAGAGGAUGAAAAUCCUGCACUUUCUCACUUUACUGCUUUGGCAUUUGACUUGGCUGUCUCUGGAUCUAGUUCCUGGAGCACUGAGUAAUUCUGAAGCAGGCCAGAGUAAUCCAGGAUCUAAACUAGGUUUGUUAAAACCAGAAGGAAAAGAGAGGAAUCCCUCAGCCCGGGCAGGUACACUGCGGACUGUGAACCAUGGAUACAGUACUGGGACCUCAAAGGCUAGGACUAAAAGCAGUGCUACUCAGGCUGGAGCUCUCUUGGCCAAGAAUGAUGAAUCACAGAAGGUUCUCUCAAGAACAGCAGCCACGGAGGCAAAGGUAGGACAUCUUCCAGGCAGACUUUCUGGAGUAAGGACAGUGACUCCAAAGGUUCAAAAUCUUAGCAGCAAGGCGGCUUUGAAAAAAACUGUCACAAGCAAUACUGAUACCGGUUCUUUCAAAACCAAAAAGACCAAAGAGCCUAUAACCCAAAGGGAAACUAAGGAGACUUUCAGACAUCCCCCUAUAACGCCACAUGAAUACAUGCUCUCUUUGUACAGGACUCUCUCAGAUGCAGAAAGAAAAGGUGUUAAUGGAAGUGUAAAACUGGAGGCUGGACUUGCCAAUACAAUAACCAGCUUUAUAGACAAAGGACAAGAUGAGCGAGCGCCAACUAUAAGAAAACAAAAAUAUAUUUUUGACAUUAGUGCAUUAGAAAAAGAUGGCUUGCUGGGAGCAGAGCUUCGAAUAUUGAGGAAAAAGCCUUCUGAUACUUGGAAGUCUCAUUCUUCUGGAAAAACUUCCCAAGUGAAAUUAUUUAGUUGCUCUACCAACAGACAAGCAGCAACACUCCUGGACUCUCGUACUGUCAGUAUCACAGAUACACCAAAAUGGGAAGUGUUUGACAUCUGGAAGCUUUUUAGGAACUUUAAAAACUUGGUUAAUUUGUGUUUUGAACUGGAAACGUUUGACAGGGGGAGAGCUGUUGAUCUCAGGACGGUGGGAUUUAAUAGAACCGGAAGACAGGUCAAUGAAAAGGCUCUCUUCUUGGUAUUUGGGAGGACAAAAAAAAGAGACUUAUUUUUCAAUGAAAUCAAAGCUAGAUCUGGCCAAGAUGAUAAAACCGUUUAUGAGUACUUAUUCAAUCAGAGGCGGAAGAGAAGAGCUCCUUUAGCAACACGUCAAGGGAAGAGGCCCAGUAAGAAUCCGAAGGCAAGGUGUAGCAGAAAAGCCCUCCAUGUGAAUUUUAAGGAUAUGGGCUGGGAUGACUGGAUAAUAGCCCCCCUAGAAUACGAAGCGUAUCACUGCGAAGGUCUUUGUGAAUUCCCCCUUCGAUCCCAUCUGGAGCCCACCAAUCAUGCAGUUAUCCAAACUUUAAUGAACUCAAUGGACCCUGAAUCAACGCCCCCAACUUGCUGUGUCCCAACCAGGCUGAGUCCUAUCAGCAUUCUUUUCAUUGACUCUGCAAACAACGUGGUCUACAAACAAUAUGAGGACAUGGUAGUGGAGUCAUGUGGCUGUAGGUAGCAGAACAGUUGCUCAAAUGAAUAUGUUAUGAAAGGUUAUAUGACACACCAAAUGUAACCUCUGCUCAAACAAGGUUAACUUAAUUUCUUACCUCUAGGGUAAUAUGUUUACAAAGAUGUAGCAACAAAUCCAGUGAUUCUGUAUAUCUCUCCACCAUGUGCAUAUUUUAGAAGUAUUUGGAUACUAUCGUGCAGCCCAGUAUAAAGCCUUGUUUUGGCAACACAAGACUGGUUUUUACUAAAGUCUGUGUCAGAGAAGAUGAGACCUUUGUGCCUCUGUAUCACCUGCUUUUACCCUAGAGGCAGUUUGUAAAGAUGGUAUCAGUGAGCUGUGGAUAUGAUGUUUGCUCCUUUGAACAAUGUUCUUGAGGCUGAAUUUAUGUCUAAACCCCAUGUACGUUAUCCAUUGAGAAAUGUAAGAAAAAAGUACUGAUAUCUAAAAGAGAAGGUUGUGUUCUGGCACGCUCCCAUCUUGGUGUAAAUAGUUACACUGUAAUAUGAUUUCUUUCUGAUUAGCUCUUGAAACUAUGCAUAUAUAAAAAUGAAAUAAGUAAAUAUAAUAUGCUGAUUUAGUUUUAAGUUGUACAUGGAGAUAGGUGAAACAGGAGGUGUUUGUUUCCAUGUACAUUUUCCUCCAAGCUACAUAUCUUUCUUAAGUAUCCACCUUUCCAUUAUUAUGUAGCAAGAUAUAUUACUCUGUAUAAGGUCCACAUUGUCCUCAAAUGCUCAUAGUAAAAGUGUUCAAUUAUGGCAUAAGAUGUAAUAAAUUAUUGACACAGUA